AUGGCAGCAAUACUUGGAGGAGGCGACGAGGCACUGGGUCAACUUGGGCAGUUUCCGUUGGAACAGUGGUUCUUUGAGAUGCCACCGUGUACUCGAUAUUGGACAACGGCAACUGUCAUCACAUCGAUAUUAUUACAAUGCAAAGUCAUUACACCGUUCCAGCUAUUCUAUUCAUUCCGGGCGGUUUAUUAUAAAUCACAGUACUGGCGCUUAGUAACGACCUUCAUAUACUUUGGACCGCCGUCAUUAGAUCUGGCAUUUCAUGUUUUCUUCCUCCAGCGAUAUUCCCGAUUGUUAGAAGAAGGCUCGGGACCGUCACCGGCAGUUUUUUCCUGGCUGCUCUUAUACGCCUGCACAUCCCUCCUCGCCUUGAGCUCGCUUACCACCUCGAUCCCAUUCCUCGGUUCCGCGUUGUCAAGCACUCUUGUGUAUAUUUGGUCAAGACGAAAUCCUAAUACGCGGCUCAGUUUCCUCGGAGUCCUGGUCUUCACUGCGCCUUACCUGCCGUGGGUUCUGAUGGUGUUCCACAUGUUCAUGCACGGCAGCAUCCCAAAGGAUGAGAUUCUUGGCGUGAUUGUCGGCCACGUUUAUUACUUCUUCGCGGAUGUAUGGCCAGGACUACACGAGGGCCAGCGGCCUAUGGACCCUCCCGAAUUUUGGGUACGGCUGUGGGAAGGUCGACGAGGAGAGACUGGUGUACGGAAUAUUGAUGGCGAUGUGGCGGCCGCUGCUGCACUGGCGGGAGAAGUACGAUGA